AUGACUGUGUUGGAGUAUGCUCACAAGUUUCAUGAGUUGGGCCAAUUCUGCUUGAGAUAUAUGAUUGACGAGAAAGACAAAGCUAGAAAGUUUGAGCGGGGACUAAGACCUGAUAUUCGAGAUAAGUUGUGUGGGACCAUCUUCACCACCUACUUGGCUGUGUAUAUGAGCGCUCUUAAAGCUGAAACCGAAUUGAAUAAGCAAGCUGAAUAUUGGGCAAGGAAGAAAAGAGCAGGGCCCAAGAUAUCUAAAGAAGCUAGUGGUUCUAGCAAUAAGAAAAGAGAUGUUGGAUUUCAAAAAAAGGCAAAUACAUGUGGAUAUUGUCAUCGAUCUCAUACCGGUCCAUGUCACCGUAAGACUGGUGCUUGCUUUGGAUGUGGACAACAAGGCCAUUUGAUCAAGAAUUGUCCCUCCAUGAAGAAGAAUGAAGCACAGUCGACUCAUCCCAAAAGGGCUAAUGCUCGGGUUUUUGCCAUGACACAGGAAGAUGCAGAUAAGGUGGACAAUGUAGUUGCAGGUAUUAUUCCCCUAAACACUGUGGAUGUUUAUGUGUUGUGUGAUUCUGGUUCUUCGCAUUGUUUUAUUUCUGAGAGGUUUGCAAAGAGCUUAAAUUUGCAAGCUAAAAAGUUGAGUGAACCUUUAUAUGUUAGUACCCCGAUGGGGAAAAUUAUGGUGACAGACACUUGGUUUCAAGAUUGUCAUCUACAACUUAAUGGGAGUAAUUUGUCAAUUGACUUAAUUCAACUAGAUAUGCGGGAUUUUGAUGUGAUAUUAGGAAUGGAUUGGCUAUAA